GAAGAAAUGGAAAUCCUUCUUUGGCGCUGCCGAAGCAGCUGCAUUCGCUGGGGAAGCAGCAGUGUUUUCGAGGAAACCGGAAGCCCUUGGUGACCCCUAGCGACCCGGUUUAAUUUCGAUCCGUUUCCACACACGGGACUCGAAAGUAGGCGGCCCUGGGGCAGCCCUCCAAAGCCUGGCGCCGGGCUGUCAUGGAUGCAUUGGUGGAAGAUGAUAUCUGCAUUUUGAAUCAUGAAAAAGGCCACAGAAGAGAUACAGAAGUGACUCCAGUUUCAAUAUAUCCAGGAGAUGAGUCUGUUGCUUCACAUUUUGCCCUAGUCACUGCAUAUGAAGACAUCAAAAAACGACUUAAGGACUCAGAGAAAGAGAACUGUUUAUUAAAGAAAAGAAUAAGAAUUUUGGAAGAAAAGCUUAUAGGAGCUCGACUAGACGAAGAAAGUUCUGUGGGACGAGAACAAGUCAAUAAGGCCUAUCAUGCAUAUCGAGAGGUCUGCAUUGAUAGAGAUAAUUUGAAGAGCAAAUUGGAUAAAAUGAAUAAGGACAACUCUGAAUCUUUGAAAGUAUUGAAUGAGCAGCUACAGUCUAAAGAAGUAGAACUCCUCCAGCUAAGGACAGAGGUGGAAACUCAGCAGGUGAUGAGGAAUUUAAAUCCACCUUCAUCCAACUGGGAGGUGGAAAAGUUGAGCUGUGACUUGAAGAUCCAUAGUUUGGAACAAGAGCUAGAAUUGAUGAGGAAAGAAUGCAGCGAUCUCAAAUUAGAGCUACAAAAAUCCAAACAAAUGGAUUUGUCUCAAGAAGACAAUCUGAAGGGCAGAGAUCUCCAGAGACUAAGCAUUUCAAGUGAUAAUAUGCAGCAUGUAUACUGGGAACUGAAGAGAGAAAUGUCUAAUUUACAUCUGGUAACUCAAGUACAAGCUGAACUGCUGAGAAAACUGAAAACCCCAUCUGCAGUCAAGAAAGACUUUGCCCAAGAAGGGAGCAAUGAAGACCUGGGGAGAGACAGCACAAAACUGCACCUGACAAAUUAUACUGCAACAUACAAAAAACAUCCACCCUUCUCACCAAAUGGCAGAGCUCUUUCUCAUACCACAUCUUCUCCUUUACCAGGAGAUACAAAGGUUUUUUCAGAGAAAGCAAUUCUCCAAACAUGGACAGAUAAUGAAAGAACCAUUCCUAGUGAUGGUACAGACUUUCAGGAACACAACUCUUAUGGCAGAAAUUCUCUGGAAGAUAAUUCUUGGGUAUUCCCAAGCCCACCUAAAUCAAGUGAGACAGCAUUUGGAGAAACCAGAAGCAAAAAUUUGCCUUUACCUAACCUGCCACCACUGCAUUACUUGGAUCAACAUAAUCAAAACUGCCUUUAUAAGAACUAAUUCUGAAAAGAUUUGUGAUUUGGCCACAAGGAUAUGUAUAUCUCUCAUUGGUUUCCCUGAGAAAUUAUUUAACAACCUGAAAGUGGAUUCUGAUUAAUAUUUUGCAG